CCGUGUUGGACGCGAUUCUGUACUGCGGGUCACCGAUACUUUCCAUAAUCAGAUACAGUCUGUCUGUCUGUCUGGUGCCAAGUCAGUCCGUUGGAAUUGCACUUCCUUCGGGAAGGUCAGUGUGGCUUUUCCUGAUAGAGUUGGUCAGUAGCCUUUUACAUCUCCCAGCUGGGAGUGUGGCUGCAUGUUAGCACCCUCGUCGAGUCGUCUGCUGCAAAAGUCACAUGCAAUAAAUUUUAAAACGCUCAUCGCUGGUGGUGGUACUGGAUGUGUAUGUGUGCCGGCGUAUGUGUGACCGCAGGGUGCGCGUUCUGCCUCCCAGUGAUACCAAACAAAAACCGGGAAACGGACCCCUGCCGACAGACCGCCGAUUGCGGUACGCUAACUGAAGAGUGCUGUCCAACGAGUGCCAACGCAAGGAAGAAGAAACUGAGAGUAAAAUCCUUUAAGCAAAGUGAGGGUAAUAUAAAUUAUGUGUAACUUUAGGAAAUUGGGUCUCGAGUCGGGAGCGCUGUCUUGGGAUGAUGUUGCUCCAUCGGCGAUGGAGACAAAGUUGGAGAGAGAUUAAGGUUUGGAAUUUAAUUUUGGCGUGUCUUGGAUCCGGUAAGGAAACGGAACUGUGCUUCUGGAUUUAUUUGGUGCAGGGGAUCGGGUCGAUGUGUUAACUCUGCAAGUGAUGAGCGGUAAUCUGUAUGCGGUUAGCUGCAAGUGGACCACUUCUGCUUGUUUUUGAAGUUCUCGCCCUACAAUAUAAGAAAUAUUUCGACGAGUUUUCGUGUAUUCCUACACAAGCAAGUGUCUAAUUAAUGUUGUUCUGCUAGCCGGGCUAUUACGAAAGUGAAAUGCAUCGUUUGAUCCUAAAUGAAGUGUCAUUUGCUUUGCACCGUUGACACUGAGUAGUGGAGACAAAUUGUGAGACAUAUAUUCUGCUGAGAAGAAUCUUUUGGUGCCGGUGGAAAAUGCACAUUUGUUGUUCUUCUUUGCCGUACAGUAAAUUGUGACCAAAUGGAGAUAAAAUUUGUGAAGUGGCAAAAAAGUUGUGAAUAAUAAUUAGUUGGAUUCUUGGAGCCCUGGAGAAUAGAUAAUGUUGCCACAGUUGUAAUGGAUCUGAAAGCUGGCAAACAUCUCGUGGCACCAGCGAUAAACAAUAUCAGUUGCAGCAAACAAAGUUUCGCCAGCGGUUUCUUCGCCCACAUAGGCGCUCUGGAUGUCCUACAGGCUCUGUUCAUUGUGUUCCUCACGUUUCUGGUGAUUAGCGCCAAUUUGAUGGUGAUCGUAGUCAUCAAUAGCCGCCGAUAUUCAGCGUAUAUUCAUCCGCAGCCGCGCUAUCUACUGACAUCGCUGGCCCUGAACGAUCUGGCGAUCGGUCUGCUGAUCAUUCCCUUCGGGGCGUUACCUGCCUUACUACACUGCUGGCCUUACGGCGAAAUCUUCUGCCAAAUUCAGGCCUUGCUACGUGGAGCUUUAUCACAACAAAGUGCUGUUAUCUUAGUCUGUAUGGCGGUCGACCGGUAUUUGUGCGUGCUGCAUCCUCGAAUCUAUCAUAAGCGGUCCAGUAAAAAAGGCUGUGUAGCGAUAUUGAGUAUAACGUGGAUUUUAUGUUUGACCUGUUUUGGACUUUUGGUGCUACCAAAAGGGUAUUACUUCAACAAAUCCGGACUGCUGGCGUGCGAACCGUUCUACAGUAAAUCGUCCUACCGGAUACUGUCCAGUUGUGCGCUGUACUUUCCUACGACGAUGGUGCUGAUGUAUUGCUACGGGUCAAGUUUCCACGCCAAUAGAUACAGACUAACGACGCCAGCCGCCGUUAGUGCGGCCGCUGCCGCUCUAUCCUCGAUGCAGCAGGCGAACUCCGACGGCAACGGGGACCGGUCCGGAGACGGCGGCUGCGGUGGAGGAGCCACAACAACUACGACGACCGAAAUCGGCACGGUCAACAACUCGUCCUGCGCCGGAACUCCUACGGCCAUCUCCGUUGCGACGCCCUCGUCCUUGUCGUUCUCGGAAAAGCUGGCUGACCACGAACAGAGACUGAACGGUUCAACUUCACGCACAAUGGCGGCAAUAUCAUUAGGUUUUAUAGUAAUUAUUACACCCUGGACAAUACAGGAGAUUGUGGCAACAUGUACAGGAUCGAAGAUACCGCCGUCGAUAGAUUUCUGUGUCACAUGGAUAGCGUUAAGUAGUAGCUUUUGGAAUCCUUUUCUCUACUGGCUCUUGAAUGCCAGAUUUCGUCGAAUUUGCAAAGAAAUGUUAACAUCAAAGUGCACAAGAAGAAGAGCCUCGCUGGAUGAAAAAUGUAGCAUUAGUCUAGAGUACGAUCAACACUUGACAGCACUGCCGCUUCCGCCGGGUCCACCCCCGGCCACGAUAUGUCGCUCGGCAAACCACACUCCUCGACCGGACAUCGAGUGUCCGGAGCAAUACUGGGGUGGCAUCCUUGAGCGAACCUACAGUACAGGAAGCAUAAAUGCCCUCCAUCGCAGUACCUCGUCGAGUUCGAACGCCUACCAUCAGACGACUCUUCACAGGCAUCAUCCGUGGCACCGGCAUCACCAUCAGAAUGGGAACAACCAUCACAGCAGUAACAGCAUUCACAAGACGCCGAUCAGUGGUGACCACGGUGGUAAGGACUUCACUGUGAUCUUCCCUACGACCAACUCAGACCCGGUCAUGUCGUGCGAGCACGAGCUACACGACAUCAACUGCGCCAAGAAUCGGGCGUUCUUCCUUGGUUUCAACCACCAUCAAGCAUUACCGGAUACCUAGUAUUGUGGGGCUCCAGUCGGGAGAUGGAGUAAGCUUAGUAUGUUCGUAAAGCGGUUUUUAUAAAUAGAAAAUAAUACAAUUAGGAUUACAGAAAUGUGUGACAACCAAUUUUUGUACAACGCUGCACAGUAGAAGGUUUAAUGUAGGGACGAGGACAUUCCUACGUUUAGUUUCUUAUAGCAUCUAUUAGGUGUCGAUAACCGUUAGAAGCGAGUGUUACGAGAAUUCGUACUGUUUAGUUAACAUCUCCAUUGAAUGUUGUAACGGUAGUCUAGUCUACAUCGUCACUGAAGGCUGGACCUUCUUAGUACGUUUUUAAUCGGUCACCCAUAGGCAGAAAAAAAAUGAGUCAUAUUCACGGAAAUUGUUGUUAGCGUAAAACAAAGUGUAGCCAUUAAUUAAUUUUCAAACCGAUUUCGUUUUUAUCAUGUUCCCGCAACACCAUGAAUUGGAAUUGUUGUAAAAACUCACCCUUCCCUUUGAAAUGGUAGCUAAUGAAGCGUGAACAGAAUAAACCAAUUAAAAUGAUUUUUAAAAAUGCA